UUUUAGUGUUACAACAGUAGCUUCUCUUUUGCCUUCUACAGAGAACACUGCUUAAAGACAAAGCUGUGGCAAACACCACCUAAUAUUUUUGGAGCACAAUUAUGCUGAUUUAAGUUGUAAACAUGGAAGUACGGAUAACAGCUGUGUUUUUGCUACUGCUCUCCCUGUGCAUGGAGUAUGGAGGUGCACAUUACACCAAAAAAGUUCAACUAAAGGGACCACCCCCAUAUGGUGGAUAUAAUGUAAAGGGUCACGUGUACGAGAUGAAAGGAGAACAAGGACCACCAGGAGAACCAGGAGAACCAGGAGAACAAGGAGAACAAGGAGAACAAGGACCAGCUGGACCACCAGGGCCUCCAGGAAAAUCUGGCUAUGGGGUACCAGGUGCACAAGGACCCCCUGGACCACAAGGACCUCCAGGACAGUCUGCCGUAGGAAAACCAGGAAUUCCUGGUAGUCCAGGAAAGCCAGGUGAACCUGGGGCCCCAGGAGAAAAAGGAGAGAGGGGAAGCCAAGGAAGUUCAGGUCCUAGAGGGUCACCAGGAUCACCAGGCUCUCCGGGACCAGCUGGUUUAUCUAGUACUGGUAAGCAAGGACCCCAGGGCUUACCAGGUCCAUCAGGGCCUAGAGGUGAACCGGGACAAAAGGGUCAUCCAGGUAUUCAAGGUGCACAAGGUCCCAAAGGAGAACAAGGAUAUGGAAUACCUGGAAAACCAGGGGAGAGAGGUCCUGAGGGCCCAGCAGGGCCAAUGGGCAUGACUGGUCCUGCAGGUGUUGGAAAACCAGGUAGACCUGGCCAUCCAGGUGAGCCAGGCAAACAAGGAGCGCAAGGUGCCGAUGGAGCUCCCGGUCCCAUGGGAAUGACAGGCCCUAAGGGUCCACCUGGACCAUCUGGGCCAAUGGGUAUUGGAAAGUCAGGAGCUGAUGGUGCUCCAGGUUUGCCUGGCGCAACUGGACCUAAGGGUCCACCUGGGCCACCUGGGCAGAAUGGAAGUCCAGGUGCUCCAGGAUACGGAAAAACUGGUGCAACAGGGCCUAAAGGAGAAAGAGGGGCAACAGGAGCAACAGGUGCAACAGGUGAGAAAGGAGAGGCAGGUGAGGCAGGAGAGCCAGGUGAGGCAGGAGAGCAAGGGGCAGAGGGACCUGCUGGGCCUCAAGGUGAAAGAGGGCCUCAAGGUGAAACUGGAGCAACAGGUCCAAAGGGUGAAAGUGGUCCUGCGGGGCCAAGUGGUCCAAAGGGAUAUAAGGGUGAUCCAGGUACACCAGGGUCUGAUGGAAAACCAGGUUACUCAGGACCACCAGGCCCUGUAGGACCACGAGGAGCACAGGGCGCAAAUGGCGUGAAGGGAGAAACAGGACCAGCUGGAGCACCAGGAACCCCAGGAGAAGCAGGCCUACCAGGUGCCAAAGGAAAUAAGGGUGAUGCAGGAGAACCUGGAGACAAAGGAGCAGAUGGACCACCAGGUCCCAGAGGACCUAGUGGCCUACCUGGAUCUGCUGGCUUACCUGGCCAAAAGGGUCACCCUGGUGCUCCUGGGAAACCUGGUCCAGCUGGAAUAGCAGCAAAAGCAAUUCCAGGUCCAAUGGGACCACCUGGGCUUCCAGGCCAGAGAGGAGCAGAUGGUCAGCCAGGGCAACCUGGACCACCUGGACAACCAGGUCCCCCAGGAGAAGAAUAUUAUGGAAAAGGAAAGUCAGAACAGAUUGUAGCAGCACCUGCUCCCCUUUCUGCUUUCAGUGCCCUGUUAACCAAAGCCUAUCCAGAAUCUGGGAGCCCCAUUCAGUUUGAGAAUAUCCUGUACAAUGAGCAACACCAUUAUGACCCUUCUUCUGGCAUCUUCACAUGCCAAAUUCCAGGGGUCUAUUAUUUUGCUUACCAUGUGAACGCAAAGGGAUCUAAUGUUUGGGUUGGCUUGUAUAAAAAUGGUUCUCCAGUUAUGUACACAUAUGAUGAAUAUCAGAAAGGCUACAUGGACCAAGCCUCAGGAAGUGGUAUCCUUUACCUUCAUGAAAAUGACCAGGUAUGGGUCCAAAUUCCAAAUGAUGAAUCUAAUGGUGUCUAUGCUUCAGAAUAUGUUCACUGCUCUUUCUCUGGAUUCCUAAUUGGCUCAACGUGAUACCUGAUCUGACUUAAACAUCUGUUACUUCCUAAACCAAUGAACUGUUUCUUUGUGGUACGAAUAUCUUGAUUUUGUAAACCCCAACUAACAUAAGAAACUGAAAAUUUUGAACAUAUUUAGUAUUUUGUAUAGCUUUCAUUUGUGGAUUUCAAAUGUAUCAAACAUGCUACUUGAAUAUCAAAGAUUUGCCAGUAACAGCUACAAAAAGAAUCACAUGUAAAUGGUGUAUACAGUAAAUCACUUUUGUAGAAAUGAAGACAAAGAAGUAAAUAAGUUCUUUAUCCCUUAACUUAUAGCAUGUGCCUGUUGAAAACCCUUUAGUAAUGAAAAAUAAUGAUAAUAAUAAUAAUAAUGAUGACACAAUAUCCAAGAUAAAGUUUGUACUUUACUGUUUGGCUCCAAACUCAAAAACCCUUAAGUGUUUGUUGUGUAUUUGAAUGUUUGUCUCAUUUAAAACGUGUUACCAGAAUGUGUUAAGUAACCCAAUAAACUGGCUCAUUUCCUUAUCUUUU